AACCUGCAUCCUGCAACAACCGGCAUACAUCACAAAAACCCUUGUUGCGAACCCGAAUUGCAAACAUAGAAUCACAAAACCCUUGUUGUUACAAACAACGAUCGACGCUCGCCGACUAUCGCAUCUAUAAGUAGAUGCUUAGCCCACUAGGGUUUUACAGGAACGCUGCAGCUGCGGAAAAAUAGGAGAGACAAUCAAGGGAUAAUCAAAGAAAAGAGUUCGCCGGCGACAGAGGGUUUGCGAGAGAACCCUACGUCGUCCGCCGGUUUCAUUGUUUUUUUUUUUUUCUUUUUGCGGGUUUCCGCUACGAUUUGCUUGGUCUCUCUCUUUAUUUUCUAAAGCGAUGGCGGAGAAGAAGAGAAAAGAUAGACACGAGAAUGGAGAAGGCAGGAAGAAACGAAAGCAUCCGUUUCCCGGAGCCCUAAAAAAAUCAAAGAAGAACAAGGACGUCGAUAGGAGAAAAAGGAAGGGACCUCACUUGCCGAAUGCGUUGCGGCGGGAGUUGGAUGCUAUGAACCACGCGAACGCUCCGAAAAGCGACGGGGAAGAGAUGGAGUCUGAUGGUUUCGACGUUGCUGGCGACGUGUACGAGUAUGAAGAAGGGGUUCCCCAGGAGGAAUCGAUGAAGAAUCGCCGGUUUGAUCACGUUGAUAACUUCGAGUACGAGUUGCCGGAGCAAUUCGAGGAUGAGAAUGUUGGAUCAGAUGAGGAUGAGAACAAUGAUGAGGAUGAUAGUGAUGAUAACAAUGACAGGCAAGACCACGAAGAAGAUGAGGUUGAAGAGGAAGAUGGAGGCAGGCAUGCAAGAAUGUUGCAAGGAAUCACAGGACUUCCAGUUGAGGCUUUUGAAAGGAAAAAGAGGAAGAAUGAUCUUGUUGUAUCUGAGGCCUAUCUGGAAUCCGAAUAUAAUCCCAGUCGCGAUGUUCUUGAUGGUGAUGGUCGUAUUAGCAUUCAUGACCUUCUGGACCCUCUUCAUGGAAAGUCUGGCUUCAGCAAGCUUAGAAAGAGUAUGCAACGGAUGGAGAAGAAGUCCCAGCCUCUUCAUGCCCCACUUCCAAAGGCAGAUCGUGAGAAGUUGGAGAGAAAAGUAGCAUAUGAACAAUCAAAGAAAAUUAUCACUAAGUGGGAGCCUUUAGUCAAGAGGAAUAGGGAGGCACCGACUCUUUACUUUGAUGAAGACACAAGCUUGGGCUUUUCAACUGUUGGUGCAAUAGCUUCUGAAUUUGAACCUAGAUCUGAGUUUGAGAAAAAAAUUGCUUCUUUAGUCAAUGAUAAUGAGGUUGUUGAAGCUCACAAGAAAGAUGGCGCGAGGCUGUUAGAACUGAACAAGGUAUCCAUAGAAGAUGUAGAGGAGCGCCAAAAUCGUCUUGCCAAAAUGCGUACCCUUCUUUUUCGCCAUGAAUUGAAGGCUAAACGCAUAAAAAAGAUAAAGUCCAAGGCGUACCAUCGUUUACUAAAGAGGGACAGGUUGAAAACAGUAACUGCUGAAAUUGAAAUGGAUCCAGAAGCAGCUAAGGACCUUGCAAUGAAACAAGAGUUCAAAAGGGCUGAGGAGCGCUUGACGCUGAAGCACAAAAAUAGCUCCAAAUGGGCCAAACGUAUUUUAAAGCGUGGUUUGAAUGUCCAAGAUGAAGGAACACGAGCUUCCAUAACUGAGCAACUCCACCAGCAUGCUCUUUUGACUAGAAAAAUGAACUCCGUGAAGGAUAGCAGUAGCUGUGACGACAGCAGUGAUGAGGAUGAUGCUGAUGAUAUUUCUGAUAUUUCAGAUAAGGAUCGUGCAUCGAAAUUAUUGGAGAAAGCAAAAGAGAAGACUCUUGGAGUACUAGAAGAAGAAGAUGAAGUGGCUAAAUCUGGAGUCCUUUCUUUACCUUUUAUGGUCCGGGGGCUGCAAAGGAGAAAAGAGGCAGCUGAUGAAGAAGCCAAGUUAGCUCUAGAAGAGUAUGAAUCAUCGUUGCAGCAGUUAGAUGAUAACAGCAUAGGAAAAAAAAUAAAAACUGAAGGUACUGGUGGUGGUAGACGAAUUUUUGGAGCUUCUAGGAAGCAUGUUGAAGAAAUAGGUAAUAAGGCUAAAGUAGAUAACUAUUAUGGCAAUAGUGAUAGUGAAGACAACUUGGAGGCUAAAGAAGGUGCUGAUAUUGAAAUUGGACAAGAUAGAAGAAACAAUUUCCAGAAGGAUGUUAACAUUGAUCCUGAUUUCCUUCGUGAAGAGUCUCAGAUUGAUCACGAUCAUCUCUUCAAGAGUUUCAAUGAUGUUGUCAAAGACCCAGGACCACGGACAACAUAUGAAGUUGCUAUUUUUGCAUCUGACUCAUGGAAGAAGAUGCCCAAAAAACAUAAUGAGCAGAUCAAAAGUGAAAAGAAAUUAGAUGCGAAUAUGAACUCUUCAGAGGUUGAGAAACCGGCUUUGCGUGAUCAAGAUGUAGAGGAAGAAGAGAAUGACAGUGAUUCAGGCAGUGACAUGAUGGUGGAUGGGGUUUUGUCCUCUGGCACCAAGUCAACUUAUGAGCUUCCGUCACAAACUGAUUUAAUACGACGUGCUUUUGCUGGGGAUGAUGUGGAAGAUGAUUUUGAGAAGGAUAAACAGGAAGUAUUGAAUGAAGAAAAUCCUGAACCAGAGAAGCCUGUUUUACUUCCUGGCUGGGGUCAGUGGACGCAUAUACAGAAAAAGAAAGGUCUACCUUCUUGGAUGCUGGAAGAACACGAGAAUGCCAAGAAGAAGAGGGAUGAAGCUCUGAAGAAGAGGAAGGAUGGACGUCUUAAGCAUGUGAUCAUCUCUGAGAAAUUGGACAAGAAGGCUGAGAAGCUACAUACAAAGACGUUGCCCUACCCAUAUACAUCUCAGGACGUGUUUGAACAGAGCAUCCGAAUGCCUAUUGGACCUGAAUUCAACCCAGUAACAGCAGUUGGAGCUCUUAACCGUCCAGAAGUGGUCAAGAAAACUGGAGUGAUCAUAAAACCAAUCAAAUUUGAGGAUGUGAAUCCCUAUGAAAGAGAGGAGCGCAGUAAGCGGAGUGGACAAAAGCAGAAGAAAGGCAGUGGCAGAUCUGUAAGAAGUGCAAACGCCGAUGGGGUUAAAGUCAAGUGACCGAAUUUUGGGUCGUUAGAAUUGAAUUUUUGUUUUGCAGUUCUGGGGGCAGGGGGUAUUGAAGCCUCAAGCGGGAGGACCAUUUUUUUUUUUUUUGUUGGUUUUGGGGGGGGGGGG